UUUUCGGGUUUCGCCAUGUUCGAGUUGCUGCUUUGCUGCCUUCUACUAACCACCUUCGGCGGUGGAUGGGCCUUUAACCACGGCCAGGAUUUGGUGGACUUUCAAACGUAUGAGGACAACUUCAACAAGACGUAUGCGUCAGCUUCGGCUCGCAACUUCGCCAACUACUACUUCAUCUACAAUCGCAACCAGGUGGCCCAGCAUAAUGCCCAGGCGGAUCGGAACCGCACCUCUUAUCGCGAGGCAGUGAAUCAGUUCUCGGACAUCCGACUGAUCCAGUUUGCAGCCCUCUUGCCCAAGGCGGUGUCCACAGUGACCUCGGCUGCCACGGAUCCACCCACCACCCAAGCGGCAGCCACAACCUCUGACAUCAUUACGGACUUUGGACUCACCGUUACUGUGGAGGAUCAGGGUGUCAAUUGCAGCAGCAGUUGGGCCUAUGCCACCGCCAAGGCCGUUGAGAUUCUGAAUGCCGUGCAGACGGCCAAUCCCCUGCCCGCCUCCUUAUCCGCCCAGCAAUUGAUCGACUGUGCGGGAAUGGGAGCCGGAUGCACUACCCAAACUCCACUGGCUGCCCUUAACUACCUCACCCAAUUACCCGAAUCAUAUCUCUACCCAGAGGUGGACUAUCCGAAUGACAAUACGUCGAAAACCCCUGGAAUGUGCCAACCUCCCUCCACAGUUACCGUGGGCGUUAAGUUGGCCAGCUACUCUACGAUCGCCGAUAAUGACGAUGCCGCCGUGAUGCGAUACGUGUCGAAUGGAUUCCCAGUGAUAGUCGAAUACAAUCCGGCGACCUUCGGAUUUAUGCAGUACUCCAGUGGGGUUUACGUGCAGGAGACAAAAGCCCUAACGAAACAGACGAGCUCCCAGUUUCUAGUAGUCGUGGGUUACGAUCACGACGUGGACUCCAAUCUGGACUAUUGGCGUUGCUUGAAUUCCUUCGGAGAAACUUGGGGCGAAGAUGGUUAUAUAAGGAUCGUGCGGAGGUCCAAUCAGCCUAUUGCCAAAAAUGCCGUCUUUCCAAGUGCGCUUGCCUAAAAACAAAGCAUUUCUAAUCAUUCCUAUACUUUAUAAAUAUAAAUAAAAUUAAAUUUAAUGACAAUGAAAAGGUUUGCCACUCU